AUGCAGUGCGUUCAGUGUCCAGCUAUCUUGGUGGUGGUGGCGUUGGUUCUGGGUGUUUCCUCGCAGCCCAACAGAGACCAGGACGAGUACCAGAACCAGGACCAGGACCUGGAGCUGGAGCUGCGUCACCACCGGCUGCUCCAACGCGCUCGCAACGCCGGCCUCCUGUCGCAGGAGUGGAGUAAGCGUGCGGUGGAGGACCUCCUGGCUCAGAUGUCCCUCCCAGAUGUGGACCCCCAGCGGGAGGCUGAGGUGGUUUCCAUGGAGACAGGAAGGAUAAACCUGGAGCGGUCCGCCGAUCCCCCCAACAGCCUGCCCCCCCGAGAGAGGAAGGCCGGCUGCAAGAACUUCUACUGGAAGGGCAUCACUUCCUGUUAG